UCAAAAUCACACUGAAUAUGUAUGAGUAGGUAAUAUUAAUUUGUAACAAUAAAAACAUUUCACGUAAAAAAUUGUGGAUUCUAAAUGAAAGUAGCAGUAACUAAUACUUAAUCUGUGAAAGUAACUGUUUGUGUAAUCGAAGAUUUCAAUUAAAAACUUCAAUUCAGAAAUGAAGAUAAAUGAGAAAAAUUUAUGUGCUUUCGCAUCGUCAGCUACUCCAGUAGAUCGAGAAGGAUGGCUCGAUCUUCGAGGAGAAGUGGGCAAGAGUUAUCAACGGCGAUGGUUUACAUUAAAAGGCAAUUUGUUGUUCUAUUUCGAUAAGAAAGGUGACAAAGAACCCGUAGGUGUUAUCAUUUUGGAAGGAUGUACAAUAGAAUUAACAGAAGAGGAAUCCUAUAGUUUCAAGAUAGUGUUCCACUGUGAGGGUGGUCGCACAUAUUUCCUGUGCACAAAUGCACAAGCGUCUAUGGAAGCUUGGAUGAAGGCUCUGGCGUGUGCGAGCUACGAUUAUAUGAAACUUAUGGUGGCCGAGUUGCAAAGACAGUUGGAUGAAGCACAAGCUGAGGAAGCAGCAGAAGCAGCUGCUCUCGUCACAAUAACUCCUCCAGAAGAGAAAGAGCCUAAAGUGCCUCCACGCGGCCAGCGACACAAUCCAUUUAAUAAAGUGGCAGAUGGAGAGACCAAAGCUGUGCCAGGGAGCAGGCAUCACAAAGAAAACGCUCGUCCCGAGGUUGUCCGCAAGCGGGUAUCAUUCCGCGACAUCCACACAGCGUUCGGUCGCCCCGUGCUCGCGCACCGAGCGCAGUGGCGAGCGGCACGGAAUGCGCCGCAACCACCGCCGCUUAUACAACUUUAAAAAAUUUUAUAGAUAAAGUUAAAAAAUAUUAUAGAUAAAGUUAUGUAUAGAUGAAUUAUGUAUAAAAAUUAUCGAUAUGAAUUUUUGUAAUUUUCUUUAUUGUAAGAACCUCAUAAUUAUUUGAAACGAAAGAGUUUAGGUCACAAUUUCAUUUUAGAAAUGCAAUAGACAAUACAUAUUGUGACAUCAUAUAAAGUAAUUUUUUCGAAACAAAUACAUUGUAGAGAUGUAUCUCUGUGGAAUAGGUGUGGCCUUAUAUGAUUUCCUGAUAUGAAUGUAUGUAAAUUCAUUAUUAUGUGUUGUAGUCUACAUGAUUUGUUUAGAUUUUUUUUUAUAAAUGGUGAAUUAACCUCGUUGACUAUGAACGAAUAACAUAGUGACAAUGUGUAGGUAUAAUAGCGGAAUAAAUAACAUUUAUUGAACACAUCUUAUUUUCUAUUUUUUAAAUUUUUACUAAAUAUUCAUAGUUAAUUUUGAAUGCGUAAAGUUAUGUAAGUACAUACUUAUUUUUUUAUCAGAUAUAAUCGAAAAAUGUAUCCUCAAACCAAUCAGUGAUUGACAAUGUAAAUAUUAAUUUAGUAUUAAUGAAAUAGUAGCAGUAUUUAUUGUAUUAGACAUUUUUUUUUGUUUAAGAGGCUAGAAUCUAUUAGCAACAGCAAUAUUAUGUUAACGUGGAUUAUGUAUUGAUAUUAUACCUACAUAG